CAAAAAAAACACAGAACACAGACACAUUUUACAUAAGUUUUAAUUAUCAGACAAAACUUAAGCUUCUUUGUGUUUAUUAUGUCGAGCAGUACUGAUUCUCCGACAACAGGGAAUAAACAAACGACGACGUUCCGCCUAGAUUCAAUCGCAUUGCCUUCUAAAUCUUCUGAUCAUCAGUCUCCUCAAUCCUCUCCAGGCUCAUCUUCUUCCCCAUCUCCGACACCGAGACCUUCCACGAAGAGAACGACGACCGGAUUAUCCGGCCGGCACUCAUUUUUCAGGGGGAUUCGGUUACGGAACGGAAAAUGGGUAUCGGAGAUUCGAGAGCCACGUAAAACGACAAGAAUUUGGCUCGGGACUUACCCCGUACCAGAGAUGGCUGCCGCCGCUUACGACGUUGCGGCGCUGGCUCUGAAAGGCCCCGACGCCGUUUUGAAUUUUCCCGGGUUGGCUUUGACUUAUGUGGCUCCGGCUACGAACUCUGCUGCGGAGAUAAGAGCUGCCGCUGCGAGAGCCGCCGAGAUGAAGCAACCGGACCCGGUUGAGAAGGUAAUGGAUCCGGGUCAACACGGAAAGGAGGAGGAGGAAAAAGCAAUGCAGCUUUCUUCGUUGGAGUUUAUGGACGAGGAAGACAUGUUGGAUAUGCCGAAUUUGUUGACGGAGAUGGCGGAAGGGAUGCUGAUGAGUCCACCGAGAAUGACAAAUCCGACGAUGGAUGAUGAUUCGCCGGAGAAUCAUGUAGGAGAUAGUCUCUGGAGUUACAAAUGAUUCUAUCUAAGCUGUCUUUUCUUUCUUCCCUCUUCUUUUUUCAUGUCCGAUGAGAUUUUUGUUUUUGUUUUUUUUGCUUUUUGGGUCUUUGUUAUUAAGAUCUAAUAUGCUGCGUGCUGAAUUGCUCUGAUUGUUAUAUUUUUUCUACUUUUUCCUUAAAGACUUAUGAUUUAUAUGAGGCAAAUAUAGUCAGAGAAUUAAAAAAUUUGGUAGACUAUGUGUUUCUUUUUGUGUAUAAAAGUUCUGCUAAGUUGUGUU